AUGAACUCGAUUCCCGCUCAUUUAACCAGCACUCCAUCCAGACUGGCAAAGGAAAGCAAGAUGUCCGCCCAUCAAGCCCCGAGACUCCAGGACUGCAGGCAAGACUUGACAGGCAAAGUUGCUGUUGUCACCGGAGCCAGUAGAGGCAUCGGCUAUGCAAUUGCGCUGAAUCUUGCCAAACGUGGUGCGGGAAUUCUGAUCACAUCUACAAGCGCCAACAAGUAUAUUGAUGAACUACGAGACGAUGUCAAGUCUGCCUAUGCGGAGGUGAACGCUCAGCGUCCGAAAGUUGCCCAUGAGAUUGUUUCUCUGGAAGAUCUCAAUGCGCAUACCAAGCUAGCCGACGCUGUCAAGAGAGAAUUCAGCGGCCAAGUAGACAUAUAUGUCAACAACGCCGGAAUAACCGACCGCACGUUCCCUGGCGAGCUCGAGGCCAAAACUCUGGACAAGCUGUUGACUUGCAACAUCCGAACACCAGCACUGAUCGUAGAUGAGCUGGUCAAGAGACGGAAUUUCAGAAAAGACAGCAGAAUUAUCUUCAUCAGCAGCGCUGAGAGCGUCAACUGCGAACCUGCUGUUUCCAUCUAUGCCUCGACCAAGGCAGCCAAUGAAGCUAUGGCCCGUGCUUAUGCCAACGCCUUCGGAGGGAAGAACGCCGCUUUCGACUUUAUGAGCGGUACUACGGCUAACAGUGUUCUCACGGGAUUGACGGAGACGGGAGGGGUACAACAGUACGGGCCGAAGGUGUGGCAAGAGUUGCAGGAUUUCUGGAUAGUAAAACAGACUGUACCGCGCUUAGGACAGCCGGAGGACGUGGCAGAUGUGGUGGGAUUCCUGUGCAGUAGAGAAGGAAGAUGGAUCACUGGAAGCAAGAUCAGUGCCAACGGUGGAAGUAUCGCAGUUAUCUAA